AGUAGUGCACUUAUCUUCAAAGUUAUUGCAAUGUUAGUUAAUUGCGUACAAUCAUAUAAAUUUAUGCAGAAUGGAUCAAGAAGACCUGUUGGUACUCUACUUGGUAGAGCUAACAGAGAUUACAAAUAUAAUCAUUUUGCGAAUAUCAGUUCGCAGGUUGCUAUUCCACAACCAAUGGCUGUGCCAUUUUUCAAGGAUAAGGAAAGUGAAUUCAUUGGUUAUCUUCCAAAGGUGCUGAAAUCUUUGACUCCAAAGAAAACAAAGUCCGAAUUGGCGCCUGCGGCACAGAAAUUAGUUAAUCUUCUUGAAUACAAUGUACCCAUUGGAGAAAAAAUCAAAGGUGUUACGACAGUAGUUUCCUAUAAAAUGCUAGAGAAAACGGAAAAUCUUACAGAAGAAAAUGUAGAAUUGGCCAAUAUUUUGGGAUGGUGUGCAGAAUUUUUAGAGGCAGCUGACACAAUGGCAGAAGAUAUAAUAAACAAUUCAGAGACACGAAGAAACGUACCUUGUUGGUUCAGAUUGCCAAUUUACGCACAGACUGCUUCUUUGGAUGUAUUAACGGUGGAUAUUUGUACAUUCAAUUUAUUAAAAAUCUACUUCUCAAAACAUCCCUUCUAUACCCAUAUGAUACAUUUCUUCCGUACUGUGUUUAAUAGAACCGCCGCUGGAAGAAUUCUGGAUUCUCAGCAACGUAAAGUUGACCAACUAAAUAUAGACGAGUUCCAUAGAUUAACUGAAUACAAAACCGGUUACGAUGUUUUUCAUAUUGGCGUUACUUUGGGCAUGUAUCUUUCCAGAAUAUACGACCCUGGGUUACAUACACAAGUUACGCCUUUGUUAAUGGAUAUGGGCAGGUAUUUUCAAAUACGGAAAUACGUACAGGGUUCCCUUGGGAAUGCUACCAUGACAGAAAAUCUUAGUAAAGAUAUUGGUGAAGGAAAAUGUAGCUGGUUAGUCGCAACAGCUUUACAAAAAUCUAAUCCUUUUCAGAGGAAGAUAAUAGAAAAAAACUAUGGUAGGAGGGAAGAUGAAGCAAUUGAAGAAGUUCUAAAUUUGUAUAAAAGUCUGGACAUGUCUGCGGAGUUCUGUGCAUACGAGGAAGACAGCUAUAAGACACUUUGUAUUAAUAUCGAUAAGUUAGAAAAUAUUCCCAUCCGUAACUUACUUAGUAUGAUUGUCAAACAGUUAUAUAAUCGUUAACAAAAUAAAGCAACAUGU